CCCACUGUCACUUUCCGGCGUCAUAUCCAUCACAUGUCUGGCCACGCACCCAUGCCAGCAGCCCAAACCUUCUCAUCAUCACUUCUUACCUGACCACAUGUGUGUGGCACCAGCCCAAGCCCUUUAGCUCUUGUGUAUCAAUCGCUUUAACACCCCCAAGCAGCUAUCAACCUCGCUAGCCAGCAACCGCCAAGGGCCGUCGGCUGCGCAACCAUCUACCUGCCCCUGCGCCGUGCUAUGCCCUGCUGAGCGGUGAUUGUUGUGGUGAGACUCUGACCCACAAUCCUGCAAGACGUCCUGCCUGUGACAAGGCAUCCUCGGCAAUCAUGGGUGCUGUCCUGGCCGUCUGGAGGGUGGUAGUAGAAGUUGUUAGCUUUUGGAAAAGAAAGCUCUUCUCAUGGUACAGCCGCAAGAACCCAGUCGAGCUUUGGCUAGACUUGCUGCGCAACGCGGAGACUUUCGACGACUGGGAAGAGGCAGCCCUACACCUCGACAACCUGCUCGGUCUUGAUCAUUGGCGAAAUAAUCCAACUUCCAAAUAUUACGACUGGAGGCUCAUCACCGAACGGCUCAACUCGUUAGCAGAAGCAAGAGAAGAAAAUGACUUUCAACAACUCGUCAAUCUUUUGCGGUCGGGGCUGGUUCGCAACCUUGGCAACAUCACCGUACCUAAGCUCUACAACCGAUCCUUCUCUGGUAGCAAGUAUCUGAUCGAAGAAUAUAUCGCCCAAGUAGCGGAGACUAUCGAGGAUAUCAGCACGCUACCAACAAAUGCAAUACCACUCGUACACGGAAACGAACGCGCUCUUACAAAUCAGAUGAAGUUGGACUUCUUCCAUGACACUCGACAGGCUUUUGGUAGAAGUACACUUGUUCUCCAGGGCGGCGCCAUAUUUGGUCUAUGCCACCUUGGUGUUGUUAAAGCACUUUUUCUGCGCGGACUCCUACCACGGAUUAUAACCGGGACAGCAACUGGCGCUUUGAUCGCCGCUUUAGUCGCCAUCCACACAGAGGAGGAGUUGCCCCGAGUGCUCAAUGGUGACGGCAUUGACUUGAGUGCAUUUGCCUCAAAGGCGCGCACAGACAACGGCAACCGAUCUUCGUCGCAGUCUUUUCGAACUCGGUGGAAUACACUCGUGCGAAGACUUCGUCGGUUUACUAAAGAGGGAUACUUUCUUGAUGUUACGGUUCUUGAAGACUGCGUCAGAGCCAACGUCGGUGAUCUGACUUUCGAGGAAGCCUACAAUCAUAGCAAACGAGUUUUGAAUAUCACGGUGGCUACUGAAGGUCAAGCAGGGGUUCCAACUCUCCUAAACUAUAUCACAGCUCCCAAUGUUCUCAUUUGGACAGCCGCGGUUGCAUCGAACGCUUCUACGCAGACCUUUUAUGGGAAACAAAAAGCAACGAUCCUUUGCAAAGAUGCGAAUGGAAAUAUCGUUCCAUGGGCUCCUGCUAACGCUACCGAUUUUCGACAUUGGUCACACGCGUCGUACUCAGACCGAGAUUCGCCACUACGCCGCAUCGCCGAGCUUUUCAAUGUCAAUCACUUUAUUGUUAGUCAAGCCAGGCCCUACCUAAUUCCGUUUCUUCAGUCCGAUAUGCAUGGCCCAUCAAUGGUUGAAACGCGAGGUAAGGUUACACAAUUAUCUGCCUUUCUUGUCCGUAUGGUUGGCCUCGAAUUACGGCAUCGGCUACGUCAGCUGGAUACUCUCCAGCUCUUACCCUCCAGUAUCCGCCGAUUUUUAGUGGACGAGCAAGUGCCUGGCGCUUCCAUGACUCUGGUACCCGAGAUCACAGCAUGCGACUUUAUACGGCUUCUGGAAGUGCCCACGCGAGAAACACUCAGCUACUGGAUUUUGCGCGGUGAGCGAAGCGUUUGGCCGGCGGUUGCCGCGCUGCGAAUCCGCUGUGCUGUGGAAAAUGAAUUAGACAGGUCGUACCAGGUUGUGAGAAAGCUCAAGGCUGGUGAUCUACGAAGAAAAGGCAGCAUCUCUAUCGCAGGAGACGUGCAAAAAUGAUGGCUAUGCCCGCAUGACCAGCUUACAAUCAUGUAUCGCACCUCAGUGCCUUCAGUACUGAGACCCUAUUUGACUGGCAUAUUACAUCAGAGGCGUUUGGAGUGUUAUUUAUUUAUUUAUACCCAGAUACCAGAAAUCAUUGUCCGCAACGUUUAUAACAGAGGUAGAUUGCAAAUGCUAAAGUUCAUCCGAAAUGCUAGUCUCGGCCCGCACGAGAACGCAUGCAUCAUUCCUCCAUUGAGAUCUGGUGCCUAUUUCUCCACUGUGGUCCAUUAAGGCGCAUUGGUGCAAAAGGGCAGAUCUGCGACGCCGAUCGAAGUCCAGCGCACGGCAAAUCUAGAGAUUGGUCACUGCAAGGGAUGUAAUAUUGAUCGGCCGCUACAAGAACUGAGGGCAAUCUAUUUUGGGCAACACGACAAAAGCAAUUGCACGGUAGAGGAGAAUCGCAAACAUGGUGGUUCGUCAUAACCGACGCAGUGGUUCAUGUAAAGGAGAAUAUAUUUA